AUUUUGCUGCUUUUAACUUCAGAUAUUUUAGAAUAUUACCAUAUAACAAGUAAAAAAAGUCGCGUGAAGACGAGCAGCGAGUGAAGAAGAUGCGCGUCUUGGUCCUGGCGAGUGUGUUGGCAGCGAGCGCUGCUCAUCGAGCAUGGAACUCAGCAACGCGGUACUCUCAGUACAACAGGUCUCCAUACUUUGGAGCAGCAGCAGGAGCUUGGCAAUCCCCCGCCGGGUUCUCUGAAUACAGCAUCUCGCCUACCUUUGGCGAAGCAGAUUUCGACCCCUUCGCGGCGCAGUUCCCUUCGUGCAGAGGCUCCCGCCAGUCCCCCAUUAACUUGGACCCGUACUCCUUCCCAGUGAAGGAGUUUGAGCCUUUCUACUUCCAUCGGUAUCACCAAAUUCCUGAAGAAGAAAACAUCAUCAACAACGGACAUUCAGGUCAAAAAUAAUAUAUAUUUAUAUCAGUUGGAACACUAAAUCUUUCUUGAAAUGCGGGUGACAAUAUGUCCAUAGACGUGUUUAUUUUUAAGAAUUCAAACGCAAAGAAAAUAGUAAAAAAAAAUUCCCCACUUUUCUAAAAAAGAAAACGUUACGGAGUCCAGCUCCAUCGUCCGUUCGAAGCCGAGAACACAAAUACCAAAAAUUAGAAUUCUCAUAGAAAUAUUAAAAUAGAAAUUGUCAAAUGAAAACAAAAGAAAACAAAUAGAAAUGAAGUAAGCGUUAACAGACAAACCUAUCUAUUUACAACUUAGAAGGGACAAGAUCUGAAGGCAGCAUUUAAACUAGGCUUCUCAUUAAAAAUAUACCGGCAUUCCAAAAUUUGUAGUUCAGAAGCACCGGUUGUGAAGACUAAAACUCUAAAAUCACUAUCGGACGCCGGGACGCUGCGGUGCUCCGCAUGAACGCCUACAGCUCAAUAAGGGGGAUGCGAAAGCGAGUUUCCUGUUCUAAAUUCAUCCCUUUGUGCUCCGCCAGCCAGGUAUAAAAAUUGCGUGAUGUCAGACCGACAAACGCUGAUGCGCACUGCGCGCAACAAUAUUGAUAAACUAGGGGCAUCGCACAGGAACAGGGAGAGCAUCGUUAUACAGGAAAAAUCAGCUCAUUUUAAAAUUAUUCACCAGUAUGACAUCAAU